UGAGGUCUUCACAGUCAUAAAAACACUAAAAUGCUAGACUCGCUGACAUUUCUAUUUGAGAAACUCUUUCUCUUCUCAAACUUUAAUCUUUUUAAAAGUCUAUGGCAGGAGACGGAGGAGUGUGCAGUGAGAUGUCCAAUGCUCAGGAGAGGAGAUCUAUUGGAGGUGCAGCGCACUCUCUUCAUUCAUUACGGCAUCUAUCUGGGCGAGAACAGAGUGGCGCACCUGAUGCCUGACAUCAUGCCCAUAUUAACUAACGACAAACAGCUCAUUAAACCAGUUGUCACCAACAAAAGACUAAUUUUAGGCUGCAUUUACAGAAACGCGAGUAUACGCGUCGAUUCGGUUGAAGAUUUCGCGUAUGGAGCACAGAUAUUGGUGAAUGGUAUGGAUGUGAAAAUGAAGUGUCAAGCACUGGCGAGCGAGGAUGUCGCGAGAAGAGCAGAGAAACUGGUCGGCGAUAUUCCGUACAGUUUAUUAUGGAAUAACUGCGAACAUUUCGUGACGUAUUGCAGGUACGGGACACCUGUGAGCCAGCAGACAGAGAGGUUCUGUGACUGUCUGAAAACCAUUAUUCGGGACCAGAGAAGUGUGGCCUUAACUGUUGGGAUGGGAGUGAUGUACAUCCUUUGCUUUGGCAUGGCACCUUCAACUACAUUACCCACAAUCCUUAUUCCCUUCAUUCUAUGGAUGGCUGGCUGAGAGACACUUUCAAUACAUCACAUAAAACAAUACAGUUAAAGGGGACAAAUACACAACAAUGCAAUGCAUCAGUGCAACAGUGGAAUAUGUGUAUCAUGCAAAGUCUGAUUAUGUAGUCAAGCAAUGUUUGAGCAUUGUUUGCAUUUUGCCUCUCUAUAUGUUAAAUGGUAAGCUUUAUCAUUUAAGCAAUUCAUGAAAACAUGCCAUUAGCUCUACCUUGCUUUUAAAACAUAUACUUAAAAUUGGUAAAGCCAAUAUUGUUGUAGCUUAAAGUUACAGAUUGCAUGUAUAUACUGCUCACAGAAAGUGCCUUAUAUAUGCAUUACGCAAAAGUGUUAAACAGACGUGACAAAUUUUACUGGUCAAUUUUUUUGUACUAUGGACUGUGAUUUAAGACAUACAGUAUAGUUUUUUAUUAUUAUUUUUAAGCUCUGACAAUGCUUGAUUGUGAAUUUGUACAGUUUAAAAUAUAUAUUUAAUACCAUAAGUUCCUAAACAAAACCAGAAUAAGAACAUUUAGACAGAAUUUGAUGAAUGUUAAUAGUAGAUGUGUAAAUAGUACUAUUAUUUCUGGUUACUGCUGUAAACAGUUGAUUGGAUUUAUUACCAUAUUUUCAUCAAAAUAAAGCCAAAAUGGUUGAAUUCAAAA